AUGUUUAGGUUUGUUCAGCAGUCACAGCUGCGAAAGGCUUGGGUGCCAAACCAGCUGGUGUCUGCAUCGCGGAACUCGUUGCAUGCGCAGAACUCGCUUCGCUUCAACAGCGCGGCAGCUGUCGAGCGGACGGCGGAGACUGUUGGGGGGGGUGCGAAUGGCUACGGCGGGUCCGGCGAUGCGGGAGCGCCGCUGGACCGCGCUGUUAACAAGGUACGCUCGAUGCGGCGUGGUUUCAAGUUGGGCAAGAGCUUCCCAAAGCCGCCGUCUCCGGAGUCACCAUGGUACCACAAGGUGUGCGCAUUCGAUGAGUAUGUGGCGUCUUCCUUGAACGCGGGGAAUGAGACCGGCAGCGCGGGGUGGGCCAAAUCUCAGCGGGCGACCAUGUUCUGGGACUCUAUCACGAAGGCGAUGAACCUGUAUCGGGAGUUGCUGCUUUCACAGGAGUUGACACAGGCACGUGUGUCUCGGUUGCUGAGCUUGCUGCACUUGGCGCUCAAGAUCAACCGUAGCAACAUGACCGGUUUGAACAAGAAGCCAGACUACGACUCGCAAUCUUUCCACAAGACCAUGACCAACUACCUAUAUGCGUCUUUCAAGGAGAUAUCGCAAGAUGUUCUGAAUGGCCAAGUCACUGUAGCACACGUGGGUGCCUUCCAUCUUUUGGAAUCUUUCCGGGAGCUACUUUUGGCCGAGGAGGCGGUUCUGCUAUGGCGUACGGCGACUGCAAGCGAGAAGCCCGGCUUGGUCGCCCCGUUCAUGCACCCCGACCCAGUCGGUAUCAUGCUGCCGCUGCUUCACGAGGGCGGCAUGACCUUUGAGGAAGUGAGCGCAUUGUACGAAAAAUGUAAGAAGGGCCAGAACCCGACUGCCCUCCAUUGUUUAACGUUGGGUAUGAUCAAAGUCUGCCUCAGUGCGGGUGCCAAUGCAGAAGCCGUCGGCCUCUUUCAAGAAAUAUGUUCACUGCCUGGAAACUCCGUUUCUAAAGCCACCCUAACUGGUAUCCACCUGGCUUUUAUUGGUGAAUGUAAGGACCUACAACUAGCCACAGUUUUCUUCAACCGUGCACUAUCGGGAGAGACGCCAUACAAAAUGAACAUCCAUGUGUCCAGUGUGAAACAGCUGCUCCAGAAUAUCUGGGAUCAGACGGAAGAUUUUGAACAAGUGUUCGAUGUCUGGCGUAGAGCGUCCAACUAUUACGUUGGUCUUUCUUCGCAGGGUAUCUUCUCUUCCUUGAAUAGUAAGUUCUUUGAGAUUUUCUUCCAAAAAUACAGAAAUGACAAGGUUGCGGGGAUGCAGCAUCUGAUGGAGAUCAUUACCGGGUACAAUGAGAUCAGAUCCGUGGACGAGCCUUUCCUCAAUAUUAUCCUGACCAAGUGUGUUGUAUGGAAGGACCUUGAGAUAAUCGAGAAUAUAGAAGAGUCCUACCAAAUCUACCAGUUGUCCAAGUCCAUUGUUUCCUGCAGAAUUUUGCUGAAGGCAAUGGGUUGUGUCGAGGUUUCUAAUGAGCAGAUCUACAGCAGGUGGCUACGGCUUGUCCAAAAGGCUGAUCAGAUAGGACAAACCUAUAUUGCCAACGCCGAUUGGGCUGCACUUAGAGAUGCUACUGUUGGCUACAUACAUCAGAACCAGAAGGAGGAGCACGCAGACUCUCCGGAAAACCUCGCCACCUCAUACCCAGACUACAACCCUGCUUUGGAGGCUGCAAACGCCUCGGGCGCUUUCGACUCUGACCUUCCAUUUGGUGAACACGGAAAUGCUAUUAAGAAGCAUAUCAUUGCGACAGAUGACAGGAGCGAGUUGUAUUUCCGUAUGGUGAAGAAAUUCGGACAAUAUUGUCGUGACAGCAAGCAACUGGUGAGAAUUACCCGUGGAAUUACAGAAUCCUAUCCCUUCACAAAGGAAUACAGUGAUAACUUCAUGUCGAUGGAUGUUUCUGACAUACAGAUGCCUAAAUUGGUUAAUUUACGUUCCAAAAGUCAACUUUUUGCUUCGUAUUUUUAA